UCAGUGAUAAAGAUCCAGCCUGUCCGAAUGAAUAAGAGGCCAAUAUCGCAUUUAUAACCCUGAAAGAACCAAAGAAAACAACUUAUUCCAGAGCGCAUAUCCCCCAGCAUGUAUGGGGGUGUGUGGGUGAUUCUGUCUGUGUGUGUGAUUACCUAGUUUGUAUUUUCCACCAUGAGUUACAAGAGCAGGAGAUUCUCACUGGAUAGCUCUGUCAGCUCUCUGGAAGGGGUGGGACUCCUUGGCUGUCGGAGAGGCAGCAGGAUAACUAAGAGGUCCAGAGGAAGCCAGAGUCUGGACGACACCCAGCUGGAGAUUCAGGAUCUGAGCCACAGCCUCGCUGGGAGCAUCUCCUUCAGGGACCAGAUCAUAGCAGAGGAGAACCUCGACAGACCAGACGGGCGUAUCAGUCGAAGUAGCUUUCUGAAGCACAAUAAAACCUUCCACAAACUGUUUCAAGACAUUCCUGAGGGGGAGAACCUGACGCACACGUUCACCUGUGCCCUGCAGAAGGAGGUGCUGUACCAUGGGAAACUCUUUGUGUCGGAGAACUACGUGUGUUUCUACUCCUCGGUGCUCCUCAAAGACACCAAGGUGGUGAUCCCUGUAUCCAGCGUGAGAGAGGUGAAGAAACAGAAGACGGCCUUGUCCAUGUUGUCCAUUCACACUGCUGAUGGAGAGAAGCACUCAUUUGUGUCACUGAGGAACCGGGAGCUGUGUUACAGUCUCCUACACUCUGUCUGCUUGCAAGUUCAGCAAGGGGAGAGUGCCAACAGCAGUGCCCAUGAAGACGAGGAUAUGUUGUCCAGCUAUUCCAGUAUGGACGACAGUGUAGAUCACAGCAGACACAACAGCAUUGGGCUGGACAACGGCUUUCCCCACCUGUCCGAUGAAGGCCCUCAAAGAUCCAGUUACACGCCUGAAGCCAGCGUGGCAGAUGAGGAAGACACAGGUGUACCGCGAACAUGGAGCAUCACUGAGUGGGUGGCACCGCUGUUAUUCCUGAGAGAAAUUAGCAAUCUGGGUGCUCUGUUCUACAUCUACGUGAUAUUAUUGGUGUUGCUCCUGUUGGCAUCUGGGUACAUCGGGUUAAGGAUCAUAGCACUAGAGGAGCAGCUUAAUUCUUUAGGAGCCCUGACUGAGUUAACCUUCCACCAAACAGAGUACCAAGAAACAUAGCCAGUGGCUGGAGAGUGAGACAAAUCCCUAUAAAGCCAUGCAAUGCACCACUCUAUUACAUCCUGUUGUACAUUGAUCUCUGAGGCUGGAGCCGGACAAGCCUCUCAAAAGCACCUUAGCCUGAAGUGUUUCAUCCAUUUACACAUAACAUGCCUUUUGUGCCUUACAAUGAAUGCUCUUACCUAAAGGAGCUUAAAAUAUCACAAUUACAUACAUUUUUAUAAGUGACUACACCUGAGAUCAAACCCAUUUUUAGUUUUAGUGCCAUGUCCUACUAAGGCUGCAGGUUAGUAAUGGCAUAAAAGUGCACUAAGGUGCUUUUGGGAGGUUCAGCGCUUCCCAUGUGUGGUGUACUACUUGAAAAUAAAUUUUGUGGGUGAUUAUGAAUUAGGGAAAUGUUUCUCAGAACCUCCUGAAAUGGACAUAAGGCUUUCCUGUGAUGAGCCAUACCGACACUUGCUGCAGUCAUGUAUAUUUACUGUCCAGCGGAGAUUGUCCAGCAAAAGCUGCUUUGAGUCUUGGCUAUGAUCAGCUCUAUUUUACAAUCGAUUUUCUUGGGACAGCACCACAAUUUCCAACUAUGGAAACACAAAGGAGCUGAAGUUGGCAAGAAGACGAAAGAAUCACUUUUCUUAUAUUUAAUGUAAUUUUUUCUCCAAAAUGAAUUAUAAAAUUCAGGCUUCACAAUCAGUCAUUUAAUAGUUGGAAUCUAGUAUCUUUUUAUCACUGCAUCCUUGAAGAAUGACUGUCAGUAACAUCAACACGCCAGCAGGGGGGUGUCUCUCCCCUUAAAUUCCUUUGGUACAUUGUAAAAUUUCAAUGCAGAGGCUACACACAGGCACCAAAGACAGGACAUGAUUCAUAUUCCAUUCAGUAAAUUCAGGAAUUAUACUUAACUCAAAAUACAGGUAUCAAAAAAAAUUCUGGCAUUGUUUUUUUUUUUUUUUUUUUUUUUUUUCUGAGUUAAAUGUAAUAAUGGAAUAUGCUACUACUUGAGAAUUCUUAUUUGUUUGUUUUGAAAUUUUGUCAUGAAAAGGGCUUUUAUUCCAACUCUCACAGAAGGACGGACAUCGGAUACGCUUCUACUACAAAACCUGUUACUGGCAAACUGAAUCACUCAUCAGACUCAUCCAAAAACAGCAUAUGUCACUGUGUGAUUCAAGUAUACUAAAAACUUCCUGGUUAUUAUUUUUAGAUCUUAUGCACAAUCUUAUUAAGUCAUGCACUGUCCAAAAAUGGAAAUGUAACUGUGUUAAGUCGCUGAAUUGUGUGUUAAUUCAACAUGUCAGUUUGACAAUUUUGUACAUAAGUGAUCUUUUAUUAUUUUCUGUUGUCAAUAAAAAGGUCAAGAUUCA